CAACCGAUUAUACCAUCCUCUCGUCUGUGCUGGUCACUUCCGUGCUUCUGGUCAUCUUCAUCCUAUUGGCCGUAUACUGCCUCAGGUUUAGGAACCAUAGGAAGGCAGACGUUACUACAGUUGACAAAAAGCUACCGAAUGGCUUCUUGGAAGAACAAGGACCACGCUGUUGCCUCCCUCGGCUGCAUCGUUCAGAGCAGCAGACGGUGGUUCUGCUCCCCAAAUUCCCGCCCGCGCCCAAGUACUUCCCCAUCCCCGUGUCCCGUCUGGAGGAGGAGUACCGCCAGCGCUCGGCCGACGACGGGAAGAUGUUCCGCGAGGAGUACGGCUCUCUGCCCAGUGGCUGUGCUCAGGGCACCUGUGAUGUGGCCAGCAGAGAGGAGAACAGAGAGAAGAACAGAUAUCCCAACAUCCUCCCCUAUGACAACUCCAGGGUCGUGUUAACACAGAUUGAUGGGAUUAAGAGCUCAGAUUACAUAAAUGCCUCAUAUAUCGAUGGUUACAAAGACAAAAACAAAUUCAUUGCAGCACAAGGUCCCAAACCAGAAACGGUGGCAGACUUCUGGAGGAUGAUUUGGGAACAGAAGACAGCGACCAUAGUGAUGCUGACGAACAUAAAAGAGAGAAAAGAGGAUAAGUGCCACCAGUACUGGCCCGAGCAGGGCUGCUGGUGCUAUGGCAACGUGCGGGUGGUGGUGGAGGACUUCACUGUGCUGGUGGACUACACCAUACGGAAGUUCUGUGUGCAAUACCAGGGCGGCGACGGCGCCAAAGCCCCCAGGCUGGUCACGCAGCUGCACUUCACCAGCUGGCCCGACUUCGGGGUGCCCUUCUCCCCCAUCGGCAUGCUCAAGUUCCUCAAGAAGGUCAAGACCGUCAACCCGUCGUACGCCGGACCCGUCGUGGUGCACUGCAGUGCUGGCGUGGGACGGACGGGCACCUUCAUCGUCAUCGAUGGCAUGAUUGACAUGAUGCACGUGGAGCAGAAGAUCGACGUCUUCUCCUUUGUGUGCAAAAUACGAAAUCAGCGCUCGCAGAUGGUCCAGACUGACAUGCAGUACUCAUUCAUCUACCAGGCCCUGCUGGAAUACUACCUCUAUGGGGACACAGAACUGGACAUAUCUUCUCUGGAGGGUCAUCUGCACAAGCUGCACAACACAGUGGUACCCCUGGACCGGAUCGGGCUGGAGGAGGAGUUCAAGAAAUUGACCAACGUGAGGAUAAUGAAGGAGAACAUGAGGGUGGGGAACCUUCCAGCAAACAUGAGGAAGAACCGCGUCCUGCAGAUCAUACCAUAUGAUUUCAACAGAGUAAUCCUGUCUAUGAAAAGGGGCCAGGAAUUCACAGAUUACAUCAACGCCUCCUUCAUAGACGGCUACAGGCAGAAGGAUCACUACAUGGCCACGCAGGGCCCCCUGGCCCAGACGGUGGAGGACUUCUGGAGGAUGGUGUGGGAGUGGAGGUGCCACUCCAUCGUCAUGCUAACCGAGCUGCAGGAGAGGGAGCAGGAUAAGUGUUUCCAGUACUGGCCAGCAGAGGGCACUGUGACACAUGGAGAUUAUGCAGUGGAAAUCAAGGGGGACACGCUGUGUGACAGCUUCAGCCUGCGAGACCUGGUGCUCACCUACGUUCCGGAGAAUCAGACGCGGUUCGUCCGCCAUUUCCACUUCCACGGCUGGCCCGAGGUGGGGAUCCCGGCCGAAGGGAAGGGGAUGAUCGACUUCAUCGCUGCCGUGCAGAGGCAGCAGCAGAAGUCCGGGAACCACCCCAUCGCUGUGCACUGCAGUGCUGGUGCAGGGAGGACGGGCACGUUCAUCGCCCUCAGUAACAUCCUGGAGCGGGUCAAAGCCGAGGGGCUGCUGGACGUGUUCCAAACGGUCAAGAGUUUACGGAUGCAGAGGCCCCACAUGGUUCAGACUGUGGAGCAAUAUGAUUUCUGCUACAGAGUGGUACAGGACUUUGUCGACAUUUUCUCUGACUACGCCAAUUUCAAGUGAAGACUUUGCCUUAAAUCUUCCAUUUCAGGGGAAGGAAGUAUUUUACGUUAGUGAUGCUAUUUGGUCAGGAAAUCUUUUUAACUGAAUUAAAUGAAGAUCCUGUUUUACUAUGCACUUGUACUUAAAGGUUACUGCAAAUAAAUAAUAGCUGUACUGUACUGUAAUAUACUUGUGUUACUCAGUUGAUGAGAUCUGUAAAUACCAAAAAAGAUUUUCUGAUUUAACAAUUUGAUAUGAAUGGAAGAAUUUAGGGAAGAAUGGGAUUUGUCAUUGUUAAUUACCUUUGGUCCCAUUGCAGUAAUUAUGUGUAAAGUACCUGGGCUCAUGUUUUAACAUUGUUUUAUGCCAACCGAGAAUUAUUUUUAAAGAUUAUUUAAAUGCUAUACACAAUAUUUAUACUACUGUAGUUUAUGUAAAUUGUGUUUUUAUGUGAUGUUGCUGCAUAUGAUCUCUCAAUAACAUUUUAUCAAAAUUUAGAUAAAUUUCUAUAAAUGUCAGGUUUUAUUUAUUUUCAUUGUAGGUGAGUUAUAACAUUAUACAAAGAACGUUAUGUGUGAAAUCCUGUGUGUGAAAUAUUAUUCAGGAUGCAAAACAUGAGGAAAAAACUCCCAGGCAGGACAAUAACCAGAAAAAAUAAAUAUUAUUUUGGAUCAUAAAACAUAACACUGAGCAGCAAUCAAACCAGAUAUAUUCAAAAAAAAAAAA